GCAAGGCCCCCGAGGGUUGAUUUUUCGCAACGGAGCGGCUGUCCGCGGCGGCAGGUGCGUGGGUUCGCGGCAGGGCUCGGGGCCGCUUUAGGAGAGAACAGGAUGAAGCCCGGAAUUCGAACUCAGGCGCCAGGCGGCGCUGGGCCUCAGCGCCCACGUUCUACCAGCGGUCCGGGCCUUAUGUGCACCUCAGCGAAGCCGGAUUUCCACACGGCCGGCGCCCCGUUUCUAGCGAACAGUCGCCUGGAGACGAUGCCAAAGCUGCAGGGCUUCGAGUUCUGGAGUCACACCCUUCGGGGGGCCCGCCACGUGGUGGCCCCUAUGGUGGACCAGAGUGAGCUGGCCUGGAGGCUGCUGAGCCGGCGCCACGGGGCACAGCUCUGCUACACGCCCAUGCUGCACGCCCAAGUCUUCGUCCGCGACGCCAAUUACCGGAAGGAGAACCUGUACUGCGAGGUGUGCCCCGAGGACCGGCCCCUCAUCGUGCAGUUCUGUGCCAAUGACCCGGAGGUGUUUGUUCAGGCGGCUCUCUUGGCUCAGGACUACUGUGACGCCAUCGAUCUGAACCUGGGCUGCCCACAGAUGAUAGCCAAGAGAGGUCACUAUGGCGCCUUCCUGCAGGACGAGUGGGAUCUGCUCCAAAGAAUGAUUUUGUUGGCUCACGAGAAACUCUCUGUUCCCGUCACGUGCAAAAUCCGUGUCUUCCCAGAGAUUGACAAGACCGUGAGGUACGCCCAGAUGCUGGAGAAGGCCGGCUGCCAGUUGCUGACCGUUCAUGGGCGCACCAAGGAGCAGAAGGGGCCCCUGUCGGGUGCAGCGUCCUGGGAGCACAUUAAGGCUGUGCGGAAAGCUGUGGCCAUCCCUGUGUUUGCCAAUGGGAACAUCCAGAGCCUACAGGAUGUGGAGCGCUGCAUCCAGGACACGGGUGUACAGGGUGUCAUGAGUGCAGAAGGCAACCUGCACAACCCUGCCCUGUUUGAGGGCCGGAGCCCUGCUGUGUGGGAGCUGGCCGAGGAAUACCUGGACAUUGUGCGGGAGCACCCCUGCCCACUGUCCUACGUCCGGGCCCACCUCUUCAAGCUGUGGCAUCACACGCUGCAGGUGCAUCAGCAGCUGCGAGAGGAGCUGGCCAAGGUGAAGACCCUGGAGGGCAUUGCCGCCGUGAGCCAGGAGCUGAAGAUGCGGUGUCAGGAGGAGAUAUCCAGGCAGGAGGGAGCAAAACCCACCGGCAACUUGCCCUUCCACUGGAUCUGCCAGCCCUAUGUCCGGCCGGGGCCCAGGGAGAGGAGUAAGGAGAAGGCAGGUGCACGAAGCAAGCGGGCCCUGGAGGAGGAGGAGGAAUGUGGCACGGAAGUCCUGUCCAAGAACAAGCAGAAGAAGCAGCUGAGGAACCCCCACAAGACCUUCGACCCCUCUCUGAAGCCAAAAUAUGCAAAGUGUGACCAGUGUGGCAACCCAAAGGGCAACAGAUGUGUGUUCAGCCUGUGCCGUGGCUGCUGCAAGAGGAGAGCCUCCAAAGAGACCGCGGACUGCCCAGGUCACGGAUUGCUUUUUAAAACCAAAUUGGAGAAGUCUUUGAUCUGGAAAGGGACCCAGCCUGAGCUGCAGGAGCCUCAGACGGCCACGCCUGGCACACCAGGUGGCUUCUCAGAAGUCAUGAGUAGUGCUCUGGCCUGAAGGCCCAGAACCCCCACCCCCAGGACCGCUCCUGGAGCCUGGACACAUCCUACUUAAGGAAACGUCUUUUACUCAGGGAAUCUCCCCUUACUUAACGUGGAAAGAAGCGCUCUGUCCCCCUUGGCCCGCUCUGGGGGCCUGGAAUGCUGCAGUGGGAAGCAGGCCCCAGGCUGGACCUGCCCUGUCCUCAGAACGCGUGUGCAAAAGUGAACAAUAAAUCAUUUCAAAAAUGCCA